GACAUUCCUAUUGUUUAUCAAAUUCAACGCACGAGGGUUCGGGUUCGUCUUGAUUUUGCUCCAAAAGUUAACCAAAGCCCCAGGUUUUCUGGUUCCUAUGUCCUGUCUAAAUAAAUUCAUAUUCAAACAAAGUUCCUUACAAUGAAUUCAUUUGAAAUUAAAACUCUCCCUGGAAAGGGUCGCUCUAUGAUAGCACUUAGAACUUUCGCCGUUGGGGAUACAAUUUUUGAGGAAGAACCUUUUGUGUCAUGUCAAUUUACUUGGAAUGCAACCUAUGGCUAUGCCGCAUGUGACCAUUGCAUGCGUCCUUUGGAAACAACACUCGAAAACGUUCGCCGACUGUCCAAUAAUUCUGCUCUGGUUAUCCCAUUUCCCGAGCAUUGUCCUACCAUUAAUUGGCUUCCCCAAUUUACAUUUUGUCAGAAAUGCAAAUUGCGAUACUGUUCCGAAGACUGCCGCAUGGAAGCAUUCAAGAAAUAUCACAAAGUUGCGUGUAUGGGUCCAUUUGUCGGUGAUGACACACAUCCUAUCAAUGUUCUGAAAGAUAUUUGGAAAAAAAUGCACUACCCUCCAGAAACUGGAACAAUAAUGCUUAUUGUACGUCUCAUGGCAAUGUACGAACAAAGUCAAAACAAAUCCGAGUUCCUCGAAGCUUUGCAAUCCUUCCAGAGUGCUUCAGUUAAUACCGAACAACAAAUCUACCAUAAGAUCUUGGGUGAAAAUUUCGAAACACAAUUGGAACAGUUGUUUGUUGCAUUUUGUAAUGCAUUCAAUAGUGAACAGUUUGCAGUUUUUACUACACCUGAAGCUUUUAAAUCUUUGAUGGCAUUGAUUGGAACAAAUAGUCAAGGAAUAGCAACUAGCCCAUUGGCCGAAUGGGUUAAAAAAGUUUCAGAUCUACCACUGGAGGAAAAAGCCAAACAAGAACUCGAUAAUUAUAUUGAUGAUCUUUAUAACAAAGUCGGAGAGUUCGCUGGCGAAUUCCUCAACAACGAAGGCUCUGGUCUUUAUCAACUUCAAAGCAAAAUCAAUCACAGCUGUGUACCGAAUGCUCAAUCAAGUUUUCCCUACUCAAAUGAUAUUGUUGUGCUUAAAGCUAUUUCGCCAAUUCAACCAGGCGAUGAGAUAUGCAUUUCAUAUCUUGACGAUUGCCAAUUAGAAAGGAGUAGACAUUCAAGACAAAAGGCUCUGAAAGAAAAUUACAUUUUCCUGUGUGAGUGUCCAAAGUGUGAAGCACAGGCUAACGAUCCCAACGAAACAAGUGAAGACGAAGACGACGACGAUGAUUUUGAAAUGGACGACGACGAUGACGAUAUGGAUUGAAUUAAGAACCAAACUUUUAUCUACUGUUAUUUUUUUUACAUAUAUUUACAAUACAUAAAUGUGUAACAUUUUUUUAUGAAAACAACUUU